AAAAGAGGGACGCUGUCGUUUUAUUGUUAGGCAACUAGAUAUUAUUCUCUAAUUGAAAAGCGCAUAAACCUCUAAACCCCUAGUUUCAGCAGAGAAACCAUCACUUCGUCGUCGUCGUCAUGUUUCAAAGCAGAGUGAUCUCCACCAUUCUUAAGAGAAACAAAGCUUGUGUGAACACCAUCGCAUCCAGCCUCAAAGAAACGACCUCGUUUAGAGCUUCUCUCUCUUCUUCUUCUUCAUCAUCCUCAUCUACACUUGCAAGGAGUUCCCUUUAUGGAUUCAGAUCUCUCUUUAAGGGAUAUAAUGUGCCAUCUUUGAGGGGCUUGUCGACUGCUGCCACUGUAGGCAUGGAAGCUAAGGAGGGAUUGAAGCUACUUGUAACUGGAGGUCCCCGAGCUCAGAAAAUGGUUGGGACCUGGCUUUUUGUCUCUGCUGCUUGGGUGUUUAGUAUGGUGGUGCUUGGUGGCAUCACUCGACUAACACGAUCUGGUCUUUCAAUGACUGACUGGAAAUUCACUGGUGGCCUCCCUCCUCUAUCAGAUGAGGAAUGGUUGCAGGAAUUUGAGAAAUAUAAGCAGUCACCUGAAUAUAAGCGUGUAAACAAAGGGAUGAGUGUUGAAGAUUUCAAAUUUAUUUAUUGGAUGGAAUAUGCACAUCGUAUGUGGGGAAGGGGACUGGGUAUCAUUUUUGCUCUGCCAUUUUCAUAUUUUCUUCGUAAGGGAUAUAUUACCUUACGACUUGGACUGAGACUGUCUACUCUUUUUGCCCUUGGUGCUGGUCAGGGACUAAUUGGGUGGUGGAUGGUUAAAAGUGGUUUGGAGGAGCCACCUUCUGAAUAUUCUGAGCCUAGAGUGAGCCCUUACCGUCUGGCGGCCCAUCUCACUUCUGCAUUUGUCAUCUACAGUGGCCUCGUUUGGACUGCUCUCUCUGUUGUUAUGCCUGAACCACCAGCAGAAUCGGUUGCAUGGGUUCAUGGGGCAGCAAAAGUGAAAAAGCUUGCCCUUCCUGUGAGCAUUAUUGUAGGCAUCACAGCUGUCUCAGGCGCUUUUGUUGCAGGAAAUGAUGCUGGCCAUGCUUAUAAUACUUUUCCGAAGAUGGGGGAUACAUGGAUUCCUGAUGACGUGUUUGAUAUGAAGCCACUAAUUCGCAACUUCUUUGAAAAUACAUCAACAGUUCAGCUUGAUCACCGUAUCCUUGCCACAACCUCCUUGCUUGCUAUUGGUGCUUUAUGGCUGUCAACAAGAAAGUUGGAUAUACAUCCUGCAGUCCGGUCGAUGAUAGGAACCACAGUUGGCAUGGCUGCUCUUCAGGUGACUUUAGGGAUUUCAACACUUCUCUCAUAUGUUCCCGUUUCACUUGGCACUGCACAUCAGGCUGGGGCUUUGACUCUUCUGACUUUUAUGAUCUUGCUCAAUCACACUGUGCGAAGGCCUUCAGCAUCUCUUCUUAAAUCUCUUCCGCAAGUCGCCAAACCAUUCUGAUGGCUUUAGUUAUAGAAGGAAUACUUAUAUCGAUUGAACACAAAAUUGAUAAUCGAUAUAAAAUAUUUUGAUCUCAAGUUUGCAGGCUUGGAUUCAAUCCAAUGCGAUCUGGGGAAAAGGAAAUUUGCUUUUUGUUGUAUUCCUUGUUCUGGGAAACUCGUCCCUAUUCUUUGAAGUCUGGUAAGUGAGAUUUGAGGCAUUAUCACUUGCCCAAGUAAUAGCUUCAAGUACCCAUUUUACUUGCAACAAAAGGUAAUGGAAAGUUCAACCUUCAAUUUUUA